UGAAAGUGACUGGACGAACCGAUACGCGUGAGCUGCUCCAACGAGUCCGUGUACUCGGACGAAACCAAGGCGGAACACCGACGUCAACACUCCAUGCCGUGGGUGGUUAAUGCUCUACAGCCCGACAGUACGCAUGGUGACGCUGCUGCAGGGGUUGUCGCAUGGUUCAAAAUCGACAGUGUGCCUACGGCCUCGGACGCCGAUCGACCGAAGUCGUCCUGGCAACGGUACUGUGUACCGUCGCCUGACGUGCAUUGUGUGCAUUGUGUGCAGCUCGCGAUGCUAAGGGUGAUAGAUAUGCUGCGCACUCGGAACUGAUUAUUGCAAUUCAGCUCGUGGGGAAGAAGGCGCUCACUUUUGCUUUUUCUCGCUGCCGUCAUCAUGUCCCAAAACGUGCUUCGAGGUCCAUACACCAUCCACGAAGGAUGGGCCAAGUACAUCGCGAGACACACGAACAUGACAACGCUCGCCCCAGUAUCGACGACUGCGCCAUCACACGCCAUCCAAAGCGCGAGCGACGUGGCGUUGUAUCAAGCAGUUCGGAGUGGAUCGUACGACCGCCUGACACCUGUGACAGCGGUAUGCUCACUUUUCGUCAUCGGAGCGAUCUGCUUCGCUGUGUUUCGUGCCAUUCGACGAUCUCGUCGGGGAAGCCAGACAUAUUCUGCGAUGAACCUGUCGGAGCGCAUCCCCUUGGUGUAGACAUACCUCGUCUUCCUCAAGAACGAUGCAUGCUGGAGAGUCCGCGGCCCACGUCGCCGCCGCCUGCCGAGCUUCUGCCAGCUCCCAAAAUAAAAUAGUGUUUUAUUUGAAAAGUGUGAUGCAGUAUACAAAUACAAAAUUUGGAUAAAAUAUUUCAUAAAACAAUUUCGUGACAGGCA